GCUGGGUAACGGCGGAGCGAGCCGGGGCUCCUUGCACAAUGGCAGAAGCUACGGUCUCUCCGCUGAAGCACUUUGUGCUCGCUAAAAAGACAAUCACUGCCAUCUUCGACCAGCUGCUGGACUAUGUCACUGAGGGAGCAGCUUUUGUGGAAGCAACAUACAGGAACCCAGAGCUUGACCAUGUAGCAACAGAAGAUGAACUGGCAAAAAUACAGGCAUAUAAACAUAAGCUGGCAGUCAUUGGUGAGGUGCUUUCACGGAGACACAUGAAAGUGGCAUUUUUUGGCAGAACGAGCAGUGGGAAAAGUUCGGUCAUUAACGCGAUGCUGUGGGACAAGGUACUUCCUAGUGGGAUUGGCCACACAACAAACUGCUUUCUUAGUGUGGAAGGGACAGAUGGAGAUAAGGCUUAUCUUAUGACAGAAGGAUCAGAUGAAAAGAAGAGUGUCAAGACAGUCAAUCAGCUUGCUCAUGCACUUCACAUGGAUAAAGAUUUGAAAGCUGGCUGCCUUGUCCAUGUCUUUUGGCCCAAGUCAAAGUGUGCCCUGCUGAGAGAUGAUUUGGUUUUAGUGGACAGCCCUGGCACAGAUGUCACUACAGAACUGGACAGCUGGAUCGACAAGUUCUGCUUAGAUGCCGAUGUGUUUGUCCUGGUUGCCAAUUCUGAAUCGACUCUCAUGAACACGGAAAAACACUUCUUCCAUAAAGUGAACGAACGACUUUCCAAGCCAAACAUCUUCAUCUUGAAUAAUAGAUGGGAUGCCUCAGCAUCAGAACCAGAAUACAUGGAAGAUGUGCGCAGGCAGCACAUGGAGCGCUGCUUGACUUUUCUAGUUGAUGAGCUCAAAGUUAUUGAUCCUGUAGAAGCAAGGAAUCGCAUCUUUUUUGUUUCAGCAAAAGAAGUUCUGAGUGCCAGGAGACAGAAGGCCCAAGGAAUGCCAGAGGGUGGUGGAGCACUUGCUGAAGGAUUUCAAACAAGAUUGCAGGAGUUUCAACAUUUUGAGCAGAUAUUUGAGGAGUGUAUCUCGCAGUCAGCCGUGAAAACCAAGUUUGAGCAGCACACUAUCAGAGCUAAACAGAUAAUAGACACUGUGAAAGACAUUAUGGACGCCAUAAACGUGGCAGCAGCAGAGAAAAGAGUCCAUUCAAUGGAGGAGCGAGAAGAUCAGAAGGACAGGCUGGACUUCGUUCGGAAUCAGCUGAACAUUUUGACAGAAGAUACUAAGGAAAAGAUCAAACGUGUCACUGAGGAAGUAGAAAAUAAAGUCUCCUCUGCCAUGACCGAUGAGAUUUGCCGACUUUCGGUUUUAGUGGAUGAAUUUUAUUCUGAUUUUCACCCCUCUCCACAAGUACUGAAGCUCUACAAGGCAGAGCUGAACAAACAUAUAGAAGAUGGUUUGGGAAGGAACCUGGCUGAUCGUUGCUCCAGUGAAGUCAAUCAGUCAAUGCAUCAGUCACAGCAGGAGAUGAUUGAAAAUCUGAAACCUUUGUUGCCUUCUGGUGCUCAGAAUCAGCUCCACUUGCUAAUUCCGUGCAGGAAGUUUGACCUUAGCUAUGAUCUCAACUGUCACAGUCUGUGUGCAGAUUUUCAAGAGGAUAUCAUGUUCCACUUUUCCUUGGGGUGGACUUCGCUUGUAAACCGUUUCUUGGGUCCUAAACAAGCUCAGAAAGUGCUGUUGGGACUGGCAGAUCCAAACAUACAAAUCCCUGGUCCUUUAGCUACCACCCCAUCUGCUGCCAGCCUGCCUGCCUUAACUCCAGAGAGCGUCCCACAGGAUGAUUUUGUGGUUCCUUUGGUCAUGAGCUUAGCUUCACUGACGUCCCGGACCUCCAUGAGCAUCAUCGUGGUUGGCGGAGUGAUUUGGAGAACAGUAGGCUGGAAACUCAUCUCUGUGUCCUUAAGCAUGUAUGGGCUGUUGUAUCUGUAUGAGAGGCUCACCUGGACCACUAGAGCAAAAGAGAGAGCCUUUAAGCAGCAGUUUGUCAACUAUGCUACUGAAAAACUGCAGAUGAUCGUCAGUCUUACAAGUGCUAAUUGCAGCCAUCAGGUGCAACAGGAAAUGGCCACUACCUUUGCUCGGCUCUGUCAGCAGGUGGAUAUUACCCAGAAGAACCUGGAGACAGAAAUUGCCAGGCUUUCCAAAGAGAUAGAUCAGCUGGAGAACAUACAGAGCAGCUCCAAGCAGCUACGCAAUAAAGCUGUUCACCUGGAGAACGAGCUGGAUCGCUUCACAAAGCAAUUUCUUCAAAAGAGUAAAUAGAGCCUCCUGGCCACCUUCCCUGGGGAUUCUUUCUAGGACAAAGUAGAAAAUUUUACAGAUGAUGCUUCUCCUCUGUGGAGUCACAUGAAAUGAUUUCUAUUUUACGUGUUACUUUGAUUUACACUUGUUAAUUAUUGUAAAACUUGGAUUCUGACGGUGAGCCCUACUGAAGAGCUGUGGUACUCUGAGUGUUAUGUUGGUUUUGCAGAUUUUGGGUUACAAAUUACCUUCAAACACUAAAUUUCUUUGGGCGCUUGGCAAUAAACCCCCAAAUCCUUAUCGGUUUUUGUUAGUAUUUAGCAGUGGUGAGUCUCACUUCCUGGCAUCCAGGAGUUUACACAGGGAGAGAGAGCUUAGCACAGUUAUCACUGUCUCCUGCUUUCAGUUGCUUAGGAAUUAGCCAGGGAGGGAGGAUGCUUUUCUACAUGUCUGUGUCUUUGUUUAAUGAACUCUAGCAUGGGAAAAUGGCUCCUGACUUCUGAAAGCAAAUGGGAUUGUGCUGGGCAGCAGUUCCUCAUCUACAAAUGGAAGUGAAAGAUGGUAACAGACUGCAGAGCAUUCACUAAUGGAGUGCGGUAGGCUCUGGUUUCCACUCUUGCUACCACACUGGGACAAGAUGGCACUGUUGAAGUAAAAAUAAACCUAUUUCAACAAGCUUUUUAGAUUUCUUGCAGUUGUUCUAGUGAUGAAAUGGUCAUUUGCCCGUGAGAGCAAGAACCCACCUUCAGGUGAGCUGCAGGUGUCACUGCCACCAUGCUAGUGUCCAGGCAGAGGGGUGUGUGCUGAGCAUAUGGCCUUGCCUCAAGUUUUCCAGGUUGGGCCGGGAAGCUUUGGGUGUCAGGCUUGAGUUACUACUGCUUGCUUCCCAGAGCAGAGAGGCUGGGUUUGACACUUCUUACUCAUGCAAUAUCCUGAGCAGUCCCUUGGUUCUGCUAUAGACCAGUUGUCUUCUAGGUGAGACCUAAGGGUGCUGGAGUUUACCUCUGCUCACCUCCAGCAAUGCAAAGCCUCUUUUUAAACAAAACCUUUUUGCUGUUGCCAUCUACAAUCAUUUAACACCUGCUUUUUCUAACUAGACUUUUUAAAAGUAACUUAUUUUAAAAGAGAGUCUUUUCAGAGUAUUUAUAUAUUUUUAUGGAAGCAGUAACCCAACUAAAUGAAAUACUCAGCUUUAGGCUGUGGGGACUCACUGUUUUCAGUAAACAAGGGCUAUCUUCAAAGGUAAUAACAGAUGAAAAAUGUAAUGCCAGAGGCAGGUAAUUGUUUGAAGAGUAGGAAGGCUGUUUUCACCACACUGUAUUUUGGUCGUUGUUCCUGAACGUGCCAGAGCAAGCAUGGCUCUCCUGGACCUUUGUGUAGCAAUGUGCAUGUGGAGUCUCAAGGGUUUGGAGGCCAACUGUGAAACACAAAACUGAGUGACAGCCCAGGCUUUGUGUAUGUGAGGUUACAGAUGUGUAUUAAUGCUCCUCUGCUGGAGCAUUUUCAUGGAUGUUGUAUAAAGAUAAAACUUUACCUGCA